AUGGAUGACUACGAAUUGGAACUGAUUGCAACGAACAACCCGGCCUUGACCGCGCCAACAGCACAGCAUGCCCCCAUCCAUCGGCAAACACAGAAUGGCAAAAGCAAAGCUGCCAAUAGCAAGAUAGAAGCCCCGUCCGUUACGACAGCCUCACCGAGCUUGUCCAAAUACGACGUUGGCUGGCGUAGAAUCGUUCGCAACUUCUCUCCCUCGUGGUUUUCGGUGACCAUGGGAACUGGCAUCGUUUCUCUUCUCCUGGCAGCAAUCCCCUUUCAAGUGUAUUGGCUUUACUGGCUUGCAGUCGCCUUCUUGGCUCUCAAUACCGUCCUCUUUACUUGCGCAUUCGCCAUCUCCCUCGUCCGGUACACCGUCUAUCCUGAGAUUUGGAGCGUCAUGCUAGACGACAGCCCUAAUUCCCUUUUUCUCGGGACUGUCCCCAUGGGGUUUGCAACUCUGAUUUCUGCGUGGUGCACCUUGUGCAUUCCAUAUUGGGGACCCUGGGCGGUGACAUUUGCAUGGGUUUGCUGGAUUAUUGAUGCGGUGGUCGCUGUCACCAUCACAAUCUCCCUCCCAGUGCUAUUGAUCUCUGCAUCGCACCGCGAAGCCCUAGACAGGAUCACAGCAGCUCAACUGUUGCCCAUUGGUGCAUCAAUUGUCGCCGCGGCCACGGGCGCGCGCGUCGCAGAGCAUUUGCCAGAUCCAGAACAGGCGCUCGGCACUCUAAUUACGUCAUACAUCCUCUGGGGAAUGGCAACUCCACUGGCAAUGACUGUUCUCGUCAUGUACUAUACAAGAUUGGCUCUCCAUAAGCUGCCACCACGAGAAAUCGUGGUCUCCUCUUUUCUACCCCUGAGUCCUCUAGGCAUGGGAAGUUAUUCCAUCAUCCAUCUAGGAAGAAUGUGUCGCAAAGUGUUCCCGCAAACUCAGUUCUUUUCGGGAAUGCCAGUAGCGGGCGACAUCUUCUUCAUCAUGGGGGUUUUCAUAGCACUCAUCAUGUGGGCCUUUGGCCUUACAUGGCUCUGUUUCGCACUGGCAUCCAUUUACAAAUCCCGCCCUUUCCCCUUCAACAUGGGCUGGUGGGGUUUUACCUUUCCCCUCGGCGUAAUGGCGUUGAGCACACUGGAAUUCGGCAAGAUCUUCCCGAGUCUGUUUUUCAGAGUUCUAGGGACGAUAUUCGCCGUCGCCGUCAUUCUGCUCUGGUUCGUUGUGCUUGCUGGGACGACAAAGGGUGCUUGGAAUGGGAGGUUGUUCAAUGCGCCCUGUCUUAAGAAUCUGCCAAAGAGAGGAGACGGUGUUGCGAGAGAUGUGGCUGAGAAGGAAAAGGGCUUGCCACAGACUUGA